AUUUCGUCACCUCAUCUAUGCUUGCCUGAUAUCAAGGAGCAUCGUUUUUUCGAUGUUUUUCCCUUACGUUGAGAUAUGUUGUGUGAUUUAGGCUCGCGAUACGAUUGGUGUCAAUUUGGCGAAUCAAGAUGAUACACUUUUUUUACUUGUGCACACAGCACGAGUACCACUCUUGGCCAUGGCACUAUCCCAACGAUCUCAACUUUUUCUUAAUCUGAUAUACCCUUUAUUAUAGCAUGAAAAUGUCUUGCUGAAUCCAUCAUGAGUUGCAUGGGUGUUGUUAAUCAGAAUCCUUCGUGCAACAUUCGAUUGUUAUAGGCCAAUACUCCACCCACUCCCCCCUCGCCCCUCCCUGCCUUGGUGCAAUCGAAUCCAAAGUGAGAUGUCAUUUAUCUUUCCUAGUCUGAGUGGCGCUCUUUCGUUUUCUGUCUCGUGCAUCGCUUUUGGCAGUGCAGGCUUUCUUUGAUGCUUUCUCUUUUUCUCAGGGAAGGCCGCUUACGCCACAUGCACUAGAUCCGGAGAGUGGGUGAUGCCUUAUUUUGCUUUUGAGUUAUCCCUUCGAAAGGACGAAAAGCUAAACAUUGGCUUGUCAUUUUUUUCUCUAGAAAGGGUGGAUCACGUGCCGACCUGCUGACGCAUUUUUUAGUGCAACAUUAUUUACCUUUCUUUUUAACAGCAGAGAUAGGGAGGCAUUACUGAGGUCUUUCGUUGUGGAAUUAUUUUUUCCCCUGGCAUUGCGGUACACUGAAUGCUUGAUGCCAAGCUAUCCAUCAUUUCUUGUCAGAUAAAGCCCAUGUUCACUUACGUAGCACAAGGAUCUGGAAAUCAAUGCAUGGUCGGAAAUAAAGGCAGGGCGUGGGCCCCGCUGGGGAUUUCGUGACGACACACAUAUAAAGCAAUAUAGCGAGAUUGCAUAUGACAUUGAAUAUUUGUAAAGUCAUAACUGCCCACCAUCACUAGACACUAAGCAGCAAACCUGCAAUCAAUUCCUUAGUCGGUCUCAGAUUGAAAUCACCACCUUUACUCCAUGACACUUUAAAAGAGCCUUUUCGCCCGUCCGUUUACUUUUUAUUCAUUUUAUAGUUUUCUUUUUAUGCCCUCGUGCAUACCUUGAAUACAUGCUUUUGUCUCUCUUUUAAAAGAACGCAAAUACACUUAUUAUCAGCUUGGAAAUUAGACUGGCUUUGAGCGGUUCCAUUACUUUGUCCAUCAUGAAUGAGAGCAGUAUUUUCAAGGACGCUGAGGAAGAGGAGGAGACGCCCCUGAGUAACGUAGACACGCGAAAUGUCAUAUCGUUGCCAACUUCGGUGCUGCAGUCAAUUAGUCAGCGAUGCGUCCAUGCAGACGUUGAGGCCUACGGUGGUACCAGCGGCCGAUCCCCACGCACGAAUCUUUUGGGCGUCUUAUCAGCACCAGGUCUCGUGGACAAACAGAAGCCGGCUCGUGGCAGAGGGCAUGAAGGCAGCGGCGGAUCUCAUGAAAUGCAGCCUAACAGCGAGGGAGAAGCCACGCAUCCCUCGAUCACUAAUAGUAUGCGAAAACAAAGUCCGCUUGAGAAACUUUCCAUCCGGGCUGAGCAAUCCACCUCCGAUCUCAUAUAUAUGUCAGGUUCACUGGAAGCCUCUGUGCUGGUUAAACAAACUCCAUUUGGUGUUGCAUCCACUGGUGGAAGCGAUUCGGAUACGGAUAAUAGCAACGCCUCCGGCCUACACACUCCGGCGGGAGACCACAAUCCUACGCAGAGCUCUAUCAAAUGGAACUCGGUUAGCAGCCGAAUUACUUGUCAAAGCACCGAGGAUUCGGUGGGGUCUGAGUCCAAUCAGCGCCUUGUGGACGAGUUUGGAUUUUUGCUUGACGAGGAGGCACAGGCGAUGGAUCAACUUUACCGGAAAAAGAAUGAUAACAGUAAAGUGCUCGGGUUGGAGGAUAAGUGGGCAAACAUGACUGCGGACUGGGAUUACACCUACAACAAGAUGCGCAACAAACUCAAAGAGCGGUGCCGUAAGGGGAUUCCGGCAAAGUUGCGUGGGAUUUCAUGGCAGCUGCUCAUCGGAUCACAUGCGAUCAUGAAGUCUCCAGAUAACGCUGGAGUUUACAUUAUGCUAUGCAACAAAACACUUAAGGAUAAAGAGGUAGACCUUGUCAUUGAGCGCGACCUCGCGCGUACGUUUCCCAACAAUGUCUUGUUUCAGGAGGAGGGUGGUGCCGGGCAGGUGUUUCUGCGGAACGUUCUCCAUGCCUACGCAGCUUGUGAUCCGGAGGUGGGUUAUACCCAGGGGAUGGCUUUCCUUGUGGGCGCGCUAGCCACACAGAUGGAUGAGGAGAGGUCGUUCUGGGCUCUCCACGAGAUGAUGUACCACGAGCGGUACAAGAUGCGAGAGCUUUUCAGGCCUGGUUUUCCCAUGCUGAAGCAGUUUUUCUACCAGUUGAAAAAGCUUCUUGCUCAUUUGCUUCCCAAGUUACACGAACGGUUUGAGAAGCUCGGGGUGGAUCCGUCCUUUUACGCGUCGCAGUGGUUUCUGACUCUCUUCGUUUAUCAUUUCCCUUUCCAUGCCUUGCUUCGCAUCUGGGACGUUUUCUUCAGCGAAGGCUGGAAGAUUGUGUUUCGCACCAGUAUUGCCUUGAUGAAAUGGGAGGAAAAGCGGCUGCUUGCGCUGCCCUUUGAGGAGCUGUUGCCGGCCCUGAAAUCACUACAGAAUAAUAAGAAUUGCAGCGAGCUUUUGGACCGUGCACAUCGCGUCAAGUUCAAGACGUCAGAACUCAACAAAUAUGCCAAUGAGUACUGGGAAAUCGUCGCCAGAGGUCAUAGGGUGUAA